AGGAAUGGUCAGAUUAUCAUGUAUAAUCCGUCUCAUUUUGACCAUGUCUUUCAAUAUUGAUCUGAAAAUAGCCAGUUGUGGUCUACAAUCCUGCGUUGACUGUUUCAUUGGAAAGAAACUUUCGAUAACCCAAAUCAAAAUCCUGCCUGACAUUGGCCUGGAAACCUGUUUUAAUAAGUGCCAGGCUCAUGCUGAUUGUCUUUCUGCAAAUUAUAAUCGCUAUGAGUUUGUUUGUCAGCUAAUAAGUCGAAAAAAGAGCUAUAAUGAAAAACUCAUAGAUGAUUUGGAUUUUAUUCACGUGGAGUUGCCAAAUAUUGCUCAUCAAAGUGAGAAGUUAUGUGGUGUAAUCGCAUGCAACAAUUAUUCAUCAUGUUUACGUACAUCAUCUGGAAAAGAUGUGUGUAUUGCAACUGAUUGUUCAGAACCUCUUCCGACACUGAGGAAUGGUGUCGUUAGCAGUCGCACUGAUUCUCCUAUAUCCGCUACUUAUGGUUGUAUCCUUGGUUAUACUGGUGUAGGUUCUAAGAAUACUAUAUAUUGUCCUCCAGGAGGAAAAUGGACCUCAUUAUCUUACAGGUGUGAAUACCCAGUACAGGGUGGAUGGGGUCCCUGGGAAAGCUGGUCUUCGUGCUCCAAGGACUGUGACAGUGGUGAAAAGACAAGGAAAAGAAACUGUAACAACCCUUACCCAAUGUAUGGAGGGGCGGAUUGUUUUGGAUCCUCAACAAAUAAAUCGUCCUGUAAUACAAACCCAUGUUACGGUGGAGGAUGGUUUGGACGAAGAAAGAAAUAAGUCUCCUUCUGAAGGGUUUUCCGACAACUUGUACCUGGAUAUGAGAUAUACGCUUGGUACAAUGUAUAUAUACGUAACUGCUGUGCUUUAUGAAAUUCUUUGGCAUGACAUGUAAUAACAUCAUGGCAU